AUGUCUGACAUGAAGAGGACACCCCCGCACGAGAGCUGCUCCUCGGACUCCGACUCUAGAGGAAAGCGCAGCUCGUCCGGGCCCAAGAGAAGGGCAUCUCGGGCUGGCACUCGAAGUGUGACAACACUGACAGCAGCACAACUCGAAAGAAAACGUGCAAACGACAGAGAAGCUCAGAGGGCGAUUCGACAACGGACCAAGGACCACAUCGAACAGCUUGAGCGCCGAGUUGCUGAGCUCAGCGCCAUCCAGGACGAGAACACAAGACUGGCUGACGCGUUGCGCCGCAUCGAAGAGCUGAAGCGUGAGAACAACUCUCUCCGAUCGAAACUCAGUCAUGCUCUUGCAGCACUGAAUGCGGAGAGUGGAGGUGUGUAG